AUGAGUGGAGAAUCGGGACUUUCUUUUGGUCAUAUUUCGUAUUUGACGUUUGAGUCUGUGUUGCAGGUUGUGAUAGUAUCUUUUGCCGGAUUCUGGUGCGCGUACUCGGGCCUGUUGCCGAAGCAAGGCCAAAAAGUCAUAUCGAGGCUCAACGUAGACCUAUUCACACCUUGUCUGAUCUUCAGCAAGCUGGCACGCAGUCUUUCUGUGGCCAAAAUCUUGGAAAUCGCUGUCAUUCCAUUAUUCUAUGCAAUUACCACAGGUGUUUCUUUCGGAUCUGGAAAGCUGAUGAGCCGCAUCUUGGGACUUGACAAGGACGAAUCAAACUUCGUGGUCGCAAAUUCGAUUUUCGGUAAUAGCAAUUCGCUACCAGUUUCACUUACCGUUUCGCUUGCUUACACUUUGCCCGGUCUUUUAUGGGACGAAAUUCCUAACGACAACUCUGAUAACGUCGCUAGUAGAGGUAUUUUGUACCUGCUAAUCUUCCAACAAAUUGGGCAUGUUUUGAGAUGGUCGUACGGCUACAACACGCUUAUGAGAUGGUCCGGCGAUCGCGGUAAUCCAUCGGUCGUCAGCGUUGCAGAGCAGCUCGAAGUUCCCGCUGUUGACUCUACGGGUUCUUCGGGGCAACUGAGCGAUCUUUCAGGUCGCACUUCAGACACCUUCUACAAAUUCCAGUCUAAGUUUUCUCAAUUCCGUGACAAGCUAAUGUCCGUGAUGAAUCCACCUUUGUGGGCUAUGGUUUUUAGUGUCUUAGUGGCCUGCAUUCAUCCUAUUCAACAUGAAUUUUUUAGCAAGGAUGGCUUCAUCAACAAUACAUUAUCGGACGCGAUCACACAACUCGGCGGUAUCUCCAUUCCUUUGAUUUUGGUUAUUCUGGGCUCAAAUCUAUACCCCUCGACUGACACUCCUCAAAUGAGUCGCAAUUAUAAGAAGUUGGUUUUUGGGUCCAUCGUUGGUCGCAUGAUCCUGCCCUCUCUUGUAAUGCUUCCCAUCAUUGCAAUGGCUGUGAAAUACAUUAACGUGAGUAUAUUGGAUGAUCCAAUUUUCUUGGUUUGUGGGUUUAUUUUGACGAUUUCUCCACCUGCUAUCCAGCUUACGCAGAUUACUCAGCUGAACGAAUUUUUUGAAAGCGAAAUGGCUGGCGUUUUGUUUUGGGGCUAUGUUGUCUUGUCGCUCCCAGUAAGCAUUUUUGGUGUCAGUGCCGCAAUGAGCGUUUUGAGAUGGGCUGAAGAAUCCCACCAAUAG